AAACUACACAUAUUGCCACACACGUUUAAUCAAAGUCUUUGUUCAACUCAACAUCGUUCAAAACAAACAACGCCACAUGCUUUGUUCAAACUCCCCCAAUCUCAAGAACCAUGGACAUCUCUCUCAACACAACAACACUCCGAUUUGGAUCACAAAACCAUAAUCCACUCAAUCACUAUCAUCAUAGUCCAAUAUCCAUUUCAAUCAAACACACUGCAAAAACAACACUGAGAUUGAACGCAAAGAAAAAGUCAACGAUUGAAGGUAUUAGUGACGAGUUGAAUUCCAUAGCUUCUCUUAACCUUGAUUUUGCACCUUCUCGUAGACAUGUUCGAGAAGCCUUCACUCAUGUGCAACACCAACUAGACCAUUUCUUAUUCAAGACUGCACCUGCUGGAAUCAGAACUCAAGAAUGGUAUGAAAAAAAUUCAAGGGGAUUGGAGAUUUUCUGCAAAAGUUGGAUGCCAGAACACGGUGUUCCAAUCAAGGGAGCUUUGUUUUUCUGUCAUGGAUAUGGCAGUACUUGCACUUUCUUCUUUGAAGGUAUUGCAAGGCGAAUUGCUGCUUCUGGAUUUGGUGUUUAUGCAAUGGACUUUGAGGGUUUCGGUUUAUCCGAAGGAUUACAUGGUUAUGUACCGAGUUUCGAUGAUUUGGUUGAUGAUGUUAUAGAAUACUCUACAAAAAUUAAAGCAAGACCUGAGGUGAGAGAUUUGCCGCGAUUUAUAUUCGGGCAGUCGAUGGGUGGAGCAAUUGCUCUUAAAGCUCAUUUGAAGCAACCUAAUGAUUGGGAUGGAGUCAUCCUUGUAGCACCAAUGUGUAAGAUUUCAGAAGGCAUGAUACCAUCAACUACAAUUUUGAAUGUGUUAACUCUUUUAUCUAAAAUGAUGCCAAAGGCAAAACUAUUCCCUUACAAGGAUCUAACCGAGCUGAUUAUUCGAGAACCCGGCAAAAGAAAAUUUGCCGGUUACAAUGUUGUUUCUUACGAUGAUAAAACGCGAUUAAGAACCGGAAUGGAACUCUUGAGUGCUACACAAGAUAUUGAAUCACAGUUAGAGAAGGUUUCGGCUCCAUUAUUGAUUCUUCAUGGAGCAGAAGAUAAGGUGACAGAUCCAUUGGUGAGCCAAUUUCUUUAUGAGAAAGCUUGUAGCAAAGAUAAGACUCUAAAGAUAUAUGAAGGAGGUUACCAUGGUAUUUUGGAAGGUGAACCUGAUGAAAGGAUUUCUUCUGUUCAUAAUGACAUUAUCUCAUGGCUUGAGUUUAGGUGUUCUAGAUGAUUGAGGUUGAUGAAAUGUAUAUGAGGAAUUUUAUUAAUGGUAGUUAGUUACACUUAUGACUUUUAACUUUCAACUGUAUACAUGUCAUGAUCUAAGAUGAAACUGAAAAAUAAUAGACAUUAGUGUAAGUGAUUUAGUGAGUUUGAGAGUCUAUUUCGAGUGUUUAAGUUUUUGGUCUUGAAACUCAAUUUUAAAAUUAAAAUCUUUUCGGCAAAAAUUAUUAUGAAUUACACCAUUGAUGCUUGACCAGGGAAGGAUUUCUUGGAUGAAGGAUUUGUUUCCUCCUUUCUUUUUUGUGCUUGCGAGUUUGGAUAGGACAUCUGCCUGAAUGUUGUGUUCGCGGGGGAUGUGCUUUACUUCGAUGGACGCGAACUUCAUUAUCUUUUCUUUUACCAAGGCCAAGUAUUCUGAGAUAUUAUUGUUUUUAACCUGGUAUUCUCCUCGGACCUGGAGGGCGACGAGUUGAGAAUCUCUGCAGAUUUCGACCUCCUCAGCCCCUAGGUCCUCGGCCAGCCGUAGGCCCAGGAGAAAGGCUUUGUACUCCGCCUGAUUGUUAGAGGUUGGGAAAUACAAGGUGAGAGAUAUUUCGACCAAGAUCCCUUCCUUGUUUUCCAUGAUGAUGCCUGCUCCUCUCCCCGUGGAGUUAGAGGCUCCGUCCAUGAAGAUGGUCCAUUGGUGUGCCCCUCGGAUCAGGGAGGCCGGUAAGGUAAUUUUGGCCACAAAGUCAGCCAAUAAUUAGGCUUUUAGGGCCUUCCUUCUAUCGUAUUUGAUGU